UAGUGAGACACCUCGGUAGCUUUCUUGACAAAAUAAACGAACCAAUAAAGAUUUUUAGUGUACAUUAGCCAAUGUGGUUUAUCCCACUCCUGUCGUCUAGUGAGUUAUCCAAUCAUUUAUUAUUUACGGUGUUGUAGUUAUUAGUCACUUAGCGGUCUGGUUUAGUUAGCAUUAGCCUAGCUAGCUAACAUCCCCGACCAUGAGUUCACUAAGCUACUCUCCUGAUAAAGAAGAGGAGGUCUGCUGGACGGAGAAAGAGGGUCUCGUCAAAGAGGAGGAGGAAGAGGAGGCUGUUACAAUACAAAAACAUGAGGAUGAGGCUAUCACCGUGAAGGAAGAAGAGGGAGACGCGUUCAGAGUGAAAGAGGAAGAGGAUGCAGUUUUUGGAGUGAAAAGGGAGGAAGAGGAAGAAACUGGAUAUCUGGGCCCGGUUUCCCCAAAGCACCUUAAGGCAUCUAAUGAUGAACUGAGCAGUAAGAUGGUUUUGAGAAACCGUUCCCUGAUUAACACUAGAGAAGGAUGUGACUAUUGUGGAUCCUCUGGGGAGCCUCAACAACAUCAUGAAGCUGACGAGGCAGAGAAAAAAUCACAAUUACACCAGAGAACACACACAGGAGAGAAACAUUUUAGCUGUGAUGAAUGUGGGAAGAGUUUUACUAAGCCAAGCAACCUGAUAUCACACCAGAGAACACACACAGGAGAGAAGCCUUUCCACUGCUCUGGCUGCGGAAAGAGGUUCUCAAGAGCAGAGAACCUAAAAGUACACCAGAGAAGCCAUACAGGAGAGAAACCUUAUAGCUGUGAUCAAUGUGGGAAGAGAUUUCUUUUGUCAGGACAUUUAAAAGCGCACCAGAGAAUACAUACAGGAGAGAAACCUUAUAGCUGUGAUCAAUGUGGGAAGAGUUUUACUCAGUCGUGCAACCUGAUAUCACACCAGAGAAUACACACUGGAGAGAAAUAUCACCGCUGCUCUUAUUGUGGGAAGAGAUGCACCACUUUUUCAGACCUCAAAAGACAUCAGAGAAUCCACACAGGAGAGAAACCUUAUAGCUGUGAUCAAUGUGGGAAGAUGUUUACUCAGUCAAAGAACCUGAUAUCACACCAGAGAACGCAUACAGAAGAGAAGCCUUACCACUGCUCUGUCUGCGGGAAGAGUUUCCACAGAUCAGAUUCACUAAGAAGACACCAGCGAACACACACUCAGCAGAUGACGAUCUGCGACUUUAAGGCGAUGCUGCUGCUAACAUCUCUGACCAUGAGUUCACUAAGCUACUCUCCUGAUAAAGAAGAGGAGGUCUGCUGGACGGAGGAAGAGGGUCUCGUGAAAGAGGAGGAGGAAGAGGAGGCUGUUACAAUACAAAAACAAGUAGACGGUGAGGCUGUUGCAGUGAAAGAAGAAGAGAAAGAUGCCUUCAGAGUGAAAGAGGAGGAGGAUGUUACAGUAAAAGAAGAGGAGGAAGAGAAAGAGGAGGGCGCAGUUUUUGGAGUGAAAGAGGAGGAGGGGGAGAUGACUGUCACAUCGAAAGAGGAGGAGGAGGAAACUGGAUAUCUGGGCCCGGUUUCCCAAACGCAACUUAAGGCAUCCAAUGGUAACGAUGAAUUUAGCCUUAAGAUGGUUUUGAGAAACCGUUCCCUGAUUAACACUAGAGAGAGACUUGACUAUCGUGGAUCCUCUGAGGAGCCUCAACAACAACAUGGUGCAGAGCAGAGUCUCUCCACAUCAGAACAUCUCAAUAAACACCAGCGGACACCCACAGCAGAGAAAUCUAACCACUGCUCUGUCUGUGGGAAGAGUUACUCAAGAUCAGAUUCAUUGAAAGCACACCAGAGAAUUCACACUGGAGAAAAAUCUUAUAGCUGUGAUCAAUGUGGGAAGAUUUUUGCUACAUCAAGCAAGCUGACUAUACACCAGAGAAAACACACAGGAGAGAAAUCUUUCCACUGCUCAGACUGUGGGAAGAGUUACUCAAGAUCAGAUUCACUGAAAGCACACCAGAGAAUUCACACUGGAGAGAAACCUUAUAGCUGUGAUCAUUGUGGGAAGAGUUUUACUACAUUGAGCCAGCUGACUUUACACCAGAGCAAUCACACAGGAGAGAAACCUUACAACUGCUCUGACUGUGGAAAGAGUUUUGUUUUAUCAGGAUAUUUAAAAUCACACCAGAGAAUACACACAGGAGAGAAACCGUAUAGCUGUGAUCAAUGUGACAAGAGAUUUAGUCACUCAAGCAGCCUGAUUGUACACCAGAGAACACACACAGGAGAGAAGCCUUAUAGCUGUGAUCAAUGUGGGAAGAGUUUUACUGAAUCUACUCAGCUGACUAAGCACCAGAGAAAACACACAGGGGAGGAAAUAUCAUCAUUCUUGUGACUGGAAAGAGUUUUGUUUUGUCAGGACUUUUAUAAUCACACCAGACGAGACACACAGGAGAGAAGUCUCAUAGCCGAAAACAACAUGACAAAAGACACUCUGAUAAAAUAUCUGAUGAAACAUCAUUCAUGAAGGAGUUGAAUGCUUGUAACAUUAUAGUAGGAGUAUUCUAAUGAUGUCACAAUGUAGAACCCUAAACGUUUGUCCCCUGUUCUAUUGAUUUCAGCAUGAUGUGGAUAUUAGCCUCAUCAGGGGGAAAAUCCAGGUUCUGAAAUGGAAGAGUACUAUGUAUUUGAUUAACAAAAAAGAAAGUUGUGUUGCACUAUUUUAGUUUUUUUAAUCGUCUUAUGUUUUGUUGUGUAGUAAAUAUUUCAGUUUUUAUUUUCAUUGUUUUUAUUCGUCCAUGUCUGAAAUGUGCUAUAAAAAAAUAA